AUGACAGGUUUGUGGAAGUUGGUCUGUGUCAUCUUUGUGUCCCACUCAGACGUCGCUCUUCCCCGUAUCGUUCUCUGCUUGCUGCUGCUGAAGGUUGCCUCGGGCUUCAUCGCACGUUCUACGGAGGAGUCCAUGGUUAUCGACACGGUUGCUGCUUUGUUCAUCAGUGAUAUUGGAACCUUUAUGUUCCAUGCCUUCACCACAAACAGCGUCAAGAACAAUCUACGAAGGAUGCCCCCGGUGGAGUUUACAUCGAACAACUGCGCGAGACUCCUCUCGUUCUUUUUGGUGAACUUCGUCCUGCCGAUCAUCACGGUCGGGCUUUCCGUCGCGAUGGUUUGGUACCUCAGGUCGCACUGUGGACCAGACCAAGACUUCACUUCUGCCUUGCGAAGCAGUUGGGACUCAAGCGACAUCUUGGCCGUCGCAGUCUUCACUUCCUAA